AUGAAGGAUUGGGUGACACGGUUGCUCGACUGGUUCGAGCGACACCAACGCCGCCUGCCAUGGCGGGACGACUGCCGGCCUUACUACGUAUGGCUCAGCGAGGUGAUGCUGCAGCAAACCCAGGUGGACACCGUCAUCCCCUAUUUCGAGCGCUUCAUCCGGGCCUUCCCGGACGUGCCGGCCUUGGCGGCGGCGGACCAGCAGGCGGUGCUCAAGCUGUGGGAGGGGCUGGGUUAUUACUCGCGCGCCCGCAACCUGCAUAAGACCGCCCAACUGCUCGUGGCGCAGCACGACGGCGAGUUGCCCGGAGACAUCGAGGCGCUGCGCCGCCUGCCUGGUUUUGGCCCCUACACGACAGCAGCCGUCGGCAGCAUCGCGUUCGGGUAUCCGGUGCCAGUGGUCGACGGCAACGUCCUGCGGGUAUUCUGCCGGUUUUGGGGCAUCGCGACUGACAUCCGCCAGCCACGCCUGCGCACCGAGUUGCAGACCCGCUUGACGCCCUUCAUCGCCGCGGCACCGCCGUCGGCGUUCAAUCAGGCAAUGAUGGAAGUCGGCGCGCUGGUUUGCCGCCCGCAGGCGCCGCGCUGCAACGCCUGCCCGCUGCAGGCGGACUGCGUGGCCUUCCAAACCGGACGCACCGCCGAGUUACCGGUGAAAAGCGCCCGCAAGCCGGUGCCGCAUCACCAGAUCGUGGCCGGGAUCGUCUGGAAGGACGAAAAAUUUCUGCUGGCGCGGCGGCGGCAGGAUCAGAUGCUCGGCGGGCUGUGGGUAUUUCCGGGCGGCAAGUCAAAGCCCGGCGAAGCCCCCGCCACGACGCUGCGCCGCGAAGUCCACGCGAAGACCGGCCUGCGCAUCCGUGUCGGCUUCCCGUAUUGCCGGGUCGAGCACGGCUACACCCACUUCAAGAUCACCCUGACCGCCUAUCGCUGCGAAUGGCGCAGCGGCGAGGCCAAGGCGCUGACAAGCGACGAGGUACGCUGGGUGAGUCUGCAAGAAAUCGGCACCUACCCGCUCCCCAAGGCCAACCAUAAGGUGCUGGAGGCUGUGCGCGAUUACGAGCGCAUGCAGGGGAACGCCGGCUGA